AUGUUGGUGACCCUCGAGAACGCCCCGUUGAUCCUUCUCGGUCUCGUCGCAGCCUAUUAUCUGGUGCCAUACUUCCAAAAGUCGCAUUUGCGUGACAUCCCGUCCGCGGGGUUCAGCGCUUUCUCCCACUUUUGGCUACUGCUGCAGGCUCGCAGGGGUCAAAAGUACCGCACAAUCGACGAAGCCCACAAAAAAUUAGGAAAGCUGGUCCGCAUUUCUCCUAACCAGGUCUCUAUUGCCGACGACCACGCUGUUGCGAGCAUCUAUGGACACGGCAAUGGCUUCUUGAAAUCGGACUUCUAUGAUGCAUUCGUCUCUAUUCGUCGUGGCUUGUUCAACACCCGUGACCGUGCCGAGCACUCUCGCAAGCGCAAGACAGUCUCGCACACUUUCAGUGCUAAGUCCAUUGGCCAAUUCGAGCAGUAUAUCCACGGCAACAUUGAAGAAUUCGUGAAGCAAUGGAACCGUCUGUCAGACCUGCAAGGUAACCCUAAGACCGGGUAUGCCAGUCUCGAUGCUCUCAACUGGUUCAACUACCUGGCCUUCGACAUCAUCGGUGAUCUGGCCUUCGGAGCGCCAUUCGGUAUGCUCGAGAAGGGCCAGGAUAUUGCCGAGAUGCGUCUGGACCCCAAGGAUCCUCCCAAGUACGUCGCCGCCGUCGAGGUUUUGAACCGUCGUGGCGAGGUCUCCGCCACUUUGGGCUGCAUGCCAUCUCUCAUCCCCUUCGCCAAGUACAUUCCCGACAAGUUCUUCAGCGAAGGUCUCCAAGCCGUCGAGAACCUUGCCGGCAUCGCUAUAGCCCGCGUCAAUGAGCGUCUCAAGCCCGAGGUCAUGGCCAACAAUACCCGUGUGGACCUGCUCGCCCGCCUAAUGGAAGGCAAGGAUGAAAAUGGCAACCAACUUGAACGCGCCGAACUGACCGCUGAGGCCCUCACUCAACUGAUCGCCGGUUCCGACACCACCUCCAACACUGCCUGUGCUAUUCUCUACUGGUGCAUGACUACCCCGCAUGUGCUCCCUAAGCUGCGCAAGACCCUGGACGAAGCCAUCCCCAAGGAUAUCGAAGUUCCCACCCACGCCAUGGUCAAGGAAAUCACCUACCUCCAAUGGGUCAUCUGGGAAACCAUGCGCAUCCACAGCACCUCCGCGAUGGGUCUUCCGCGCGAGAUCCCCGCCGGCUCACCCCCCGUUGUGAUCUGCGGUCACACCUUCAAGGCCGGCGACGUUCUCUCCGUUCCCAGCUACACUAUCCACCGCUCCAAAGAGAUCUGGGGUCCCGAUGCCGAACAAUUCGUGCCUGAGCGCUGGAGCCCCGAAAGGCUUACCCCGCGCCAAAAGGCAGCCUUCAUCCCCUUCAGCCAUGGACCACGUGCCUGUGUCGGCCGCAACGUCGCUGAGAUGGAACUGCUCGUCAUCUGUGCUACUGUCUUCCGACUGUUUGAGUUCGAGAUGCAGCAGGAUGGCCCUAUGGAGACGCGCGAGGGAUUCCUGCGCAAGCCGCUGGGUUUGCAGGUUGGUAUGCGUCGUCGUCGGGUUUGA